AUGCUAGGAUUGUCCUAUAAUAGCUCACUAUUUCCUUCGAUUUUUCCUGGAAAUACGCAAAGUACUGCUCAAGCUAUGAGUUGUCCAGUUUCAAAAUAUCAUACAACGUGUGAUUAUGGAGAUACUUCUUCUGACAGUGAAGUUAUAUCGAUUUAUAUUGAGAAAAUUAUGCACUUCAAUUUUUUGGCCCCUGUUUUGGUGACUAUUUUUGAUUUAUUGGUGCAAAUUAGCAAUGUUUUGUAUCUCAUUUUCAAAAAGUAUUUGAAAAAUGUAAGCUUAUUGUUAGUUAUGCUAACUUAAGCCACGUCCCUUCUAAAAAUAAAAGUUUCAGGGCCCAUUUUUUCAAAUGCUUUUCAUAAUGUCAAUCUCAAUAAUUUUCCGAUGUUUUUCGGAUUUUUCGAUGUUUGUAGGCUCUGUGGUUUAUGAAAACUAUGAGAAUUUUUCAAGGAUUUCGUUAUUCUCCGAUUUUUUUUCGGGAUUUUUCUCGGUUUCGAUGAUAUUUUUUAUGUCGCUGAAUCGAUGUUUAUGUUUUGUUUCAGUAUAUUGGAAUGAUAUGGUUUUUGAGGGGUAAGCAAAUGUCACAUCAUAAGUUAGGGUAACUGAAAUUUUUAGCUAUAAAUUCUUGUUUUCUGUAAUUAUUUGCAUCUCCAUAUCAAUCCUGGCAACCAUAACCAGUAUUCAAACAUCGGAAAUCAAACGAUUGUUCUAUAACAACAUUGGAUUUGUAGAUUUCAAUGAAGAAAUCGGUUUGAAAACUCUGAUAGCUAGAAUAUUUUAUAUAUUUCCUUUGGGCUCAACAAUCUGCUACUUGUUAAUUUUCAAAUUCCUGCGAGCUCAAUCAAAAUUGGUGCUCACUCGCUCGAAAAAACGGGGAGAGCAAAAAGUUUUCGCUCAACUUUUGGUGACAGUUUUAUUCUACGCGUUGAUUUGUAUAUUCUAUGAGGCUAUUGGAAUGUUAGAAGAGGUUUUGGAGUUGGAACAAGUUUUUACAUUGAUUUCGAUUUUGAAUAUUGUGAAUGUUUUGCCGGAGAUUUCACUUCCAUUGAUGCUUAUGAUAUCUACGCUGAAAUUCUCGAGGGGGAAGAAGAGUCCGUCUAGCAAAACUGCGUCGAUUGGGAAUUAAUUUCAACAAUUCUGUUAGAAAGCUAAAAUAAAAUUAUUUUUCAAGAUUUCUUAACUCCUACAUACAUUUUUAAUUGAUUUUCUGUAAUUUUCUUUAAGCCUAAUUACAUCUUUCAUAAUAACAAGCUAAAAAACUUUUCAUUUUUACAAAGUUAGCCUAACUUCAAAAAAUCAAUGUCAGGUUUCUACUUUAAUUAUUCUGCUAUUGUGAAAACUCAAGGAUUUGCAAAUGGAUAUACUUGCGCAGAAAAUGAUCGAUUUUGUCACGAUCCCACUCCAGCUCCAGCUGGUCCCCCGAAUUUUUUAAGUCCCGCAUUUUUGGUGCCACUUUUCAUCACAAUUUUUGAUUUUUCGGUGCAAUUUGCCAAUGUGUUUCUGAUUAUUUUCAAAAAAUAUCUGAAAAACGGCUCGUUUUUUGUGAUGUUAUCAGUCAUGUCAAUCUCAAUUUUGAUCCGAUGUAUGUGUUAUUUCAUUUCCGCAUAUCUCACAGUUACUGAAUCGGAUUUAUCAAAGUUUUGGCUGCAAAUUUCAAUGUGUUUCGAGUUUUUCUCUGGAUUCUUUAUGGAACUUAUCCUGUUUUUCAUGUCACUCAAUCGAUGUUUAUGUUUUGUUUCAAGAACUUGGAAUGAGAAGAUCUUCGAGGGGUUGGUCACAUUUUUUUCUGCGCUAAGAAUUCCUCAUAUUUUUCAGAACUCAAUACAUUUUUGGUAUUCUCAUAGCAAUUUCUCUAUCAAUUUUAGCAACAUAUUCAAGCUUAACAACAGCUAAGAUGUCUAGAAUUUAUGAAGAUUCAGCAGGUUUCAUCAACAUCAAUAAUUCCGCUGGUUGGAACCUUGCAAUCUCUCGAAUUUUCUACAUAUUUCCAAUUUUCUCCACACUUUCCUACCUGUAUCUAUUCAUUUAUUUGAGAAAACAAUCAAAACUGAUUUUUUCGAAAAAUUCACAGAAAGGCGAGCAAAAAGUGUUUACACAAUUAUUGAUUACCGUAGUUUGUCAAGCGCUAAUUUUGUUAUAUUUCGAAGUGUUAUCGAUUUAUGCGGAGCCUAUGGAGAUACAUUUGCUUAUUUUUUUGGUUAUAUCGUUGAAUGCGGUGAAUUUAAUACCGGAGAUUUUAUUGCCAUUGAUAUUUUUGAUUUCGAAUUUGGAGAUUUGUACGAGGAGAAAAGUUGAAGAUCAGAAGAAUAUUGCUCCAAGAUCGAGCACUACAGCUUCAGCACUUCAAGAAAUUGGUGAUAUUUAA